AUUAGGUAACAGAAAAGUGAAACUUGUAUCAAAAGCAAAACCAUCCCUUCCUCCCUACUCAACAAAAUGCACAUAAAAGUAGCUACUAUCAUCAAUUGCACACAACACCAUAAGAAGGGUGUAAAGUAACACCAUUGGUGAACCAAAGAAAAAAAAAAAGAAGCCAACAUGCCACCUGAUAUUCUUUAUUUUCGUCCUCUUGUUCAAUUUUCACACCCUCUCAUAACUCAAGCACAGCCAAAUCCACCUUCUAUAUUUCACAAAUACCAAAAAGUAACAAAAGAGAUGAAUCUCACAAAAAAGAAACUCAUCCCUAUCCUUGUUUUGUUCCUCUCAAUCAUAUCAGUCCUCAGAAUUCUUAGCCUCACUCUCAAAACUCAUUCAUCUUCUGCUUCUCCACCUUUUUCCUAUACAAAUGAAUCAUCAUUGCAUCCAAGAGUAUCUCACAACAUCACAACCUCCUUCAAUGAGAAAGAAUUCAAAGUUUUAACAGAUCUAAUUGCUUUUAAAUCUCCAUGCAACCUUCUCAUAUUUGGUUUUCAACCUCAGUUCCUCAUUCUUUCAUCGAUGAACGAAGCCGGUAGCACUGUCUUUCUCGACAAUAACCACGACAUAACAGCAAAAAGAAAGGUAACAACAACAAACUACAACAACACUCAAAUGCACAAUUUCAGUUACAAUGUGCCAACAAAAGAAGCUUAUAAACUACUCAAACAUGCGAGAAACAAUCCAGUAUGUGCACCAGACCCAAGAUACCUACAAACAUCAAAAUGCAACCUUGCAUUGAAAAAUUUGCCUGCAAUAGUGUAUGAGAAGAAUUGGGAUGUCAUACUUGUGGAUGGACCGAGCGGCGAUUCAACCGAGUCACCGGGGAGAAUGGCAUCCAUUUACACUGCUGGUGUACUUGCUAGAGGUGGUAAUGUUUCAGAUGUAAUAGUACAUGAUGUAAAUAGAAUGGUAGAAAAAUGGUUUUCUUGGGAGUUUCUUUGUGAUGAGAAUUUGGUGUAUUCUAAAGGGAAGUUAUGGCAUUUCAGAAUUAGAGGUGGUUUGAAUUCCACUACAUUUUGCUCUGUGACAGACAGGAUAAGUACAUAAUAGAAAAUAGUUUGAAGUAUUCUUUUAUUUAAAAAAUUUCACCAUGAAGGUGCCAUUGAGUAAUUAUAGUUCAGUGUCAAUGGCCUGCCAAUUCUAGGUUGUUCAAAAGUCUUGAUAAAAAGUUUUAGGGAUUAGAAAUGUACAGAAUUUGCAAUCUCAAAAAGAUCAAAGAUCUCAUUUGUACAGGUUUGAA